UUAAGUUUUUGAAUUUAUUUUCCUUCUUGUAAACAUAUUUGUUCAUUCAAAUGUUCUGGCUUUAUAUCACUGUGUGAGCAAAGCUUCAUUCGACCGGGUCAUGUCCGCUGGUGGCACAAGCCAGUGACCUCAGACAGACUGAAGAAAUCCAUGGCCAGCAAACAAAGCCAGGUCCUUGGUUCCAAGCCAGGUAGUGCAAUGAAUCAUCUAACCAAUCUACAGAGGUGGAUUGAUUGAAAUGGGAUAACACUUAACAGGCCACUUCAUGCCAACAUCACCGCAAAGAUGGAUGCGACGUUAUUACUCUCCCAACUCACCUCUUUACAUUGUCUAACCCAGGAAACACUGGAGACCUUGACUCAUCAGUUCAAACUAUUCGGAAUUACCGAAGACGGUUUGACGAAAGGGCUAGAUCUGGUUGAGACUGCUGCCAAUGCUGUCAAGAAUCUUCAGUCAUUGUUCAUUGUUACCACGACGAUAAGACCAGAAUCCAAUCAUGGGGGAAUAGAGUUUGAAGACCAGACUCAGAAGUCCACUGAUACAGGCCUGGUCGCAUUAGAGUAUACAGACGUUGUAGCUGAGGAGUCCAAAGUGAUGGUAAAGACUGAGCUUCCAGAACAAGGAGAUGCCAAUUUGCCAGUUGAACAUGGAGAAUUGUGUAAUCACUUGGAUAAUGAAGAGGAAAUCGAUGAAGGCAUGCUCAUUCAUACCUCAAGCCAGGCAAGGAACAUGGAAGACAUAUUCAUGGAUAAAGCGGCUUUCUCAGCUGACCAAUCAAGUGGAUUAGUAUCACCACUGGGAUCUUCUAAAUCUUUAUCUGUUGUGCUAAAAAAGCUAAGAAUGCCGGGACCAACUGUUCCCUUGAUUUCCCAAAGGUCACUUGCAUCAGGACCAUUUCAACAACAGUCUGGUGGAUCUGUAUCACAUCCAGAAUCUUCUAAUUCAUCAAAUGAUGAUGUUCUUUGUAGGAUGAUGAUUCCUGACCUGACAGAUACUUCUACUUCAAACAAUUCAGUCGAACAACAAUCCAUUAAUUGCUAUUCUGUUGGAUCCGGACCAUAUCUAGGAUCUUCAAAAUUAUUUGAUGAUCUUUGUAAGGUGCAAAUAUCAGAACCAUCAGGUCCUUCUGCUUCAAGUGAUUCAGUCAGAGCAGUGUCUAUCAAAUGCUUCUCUAGUGGAUCUGUUUUUCAAAGAUCUCCAGAAAUGACUGUAGAACAUCCAGAUAAAGUGGAAAUGCCAGAAAUAAUAGAGCUUACUGAUGGUAAAGAUUCCAAUACACUGGGGCCUGCACAGAUCAGUUCAAACCAAACGAAAGUUGUCUACAAGAAACCAAACAGAAUGUGUCCAUUUUGUUGUAAGCGAUGUGGAGCUACACUUAAAAGGCAUAUACGUGCAGUACAUAAAAAUGAGGAAAGGGUGAAAGAAGCUCUUAAGCUUCCAAGGAAGGAGCAGGCCAUAGCAUUUUCAAUUUUUAGAAAAGAAGGCAUUUUACUUUCAAAAACAGAUAAAGUGAAAGAAAAACAUCCAGCCUAUAGAAGGUUGAGGAGAGCAAGGAAAUCUGCCAAACUUACCAUUUGUGGAAUCUGCCAAGGCUUUUAUUCAAAACAAACUCUUCGAAUACAUAAGAAGUACUGCAAAGGACUAUCAACCUUGAGCAACAGGUUUGAGUACAGGAAAACUAAAAGACAGAUUCCCACAUCAAAGAAGGCAACGAAUGAAGAUGCGCCACAUGAAGAAUCAUCCCUAUCGCCUUUCUGCUUGACGGGAUCGCUGUCAAGUUUACCUGUAUUGUCAAGAGAUGACGUUCCACAAAGGCUGACAAUGCAAGAACUGAUGAUUCCUUCUACUUCCAACCAGUCAAGUGGAACAGGUCCCAUUCAACAGUAUUCUAUUGGAGCUGUAGAUCCAGUUCCUUCAUCUUCAAAUGACUUGGCCAGAUCAAUGUCUUGGAAGCACUGUUCUAAGAGAUUUGCUUCAUCAGGUUCUCCUGAAAUGCCACAUGGACAUCCAGUCAUGGUGGAAAUGUCAGAACUGAUAGAUCCCUCUAUUUCCCAAGAGACACUCGCACCAGGAUCAAUUCAGUAUCAUUCUGUUGGAUCCGAAUCGUAUGAAGGUUCUUGUCAAUCAUCAAAUGAUAAUAUUGUUCAUCGGAUGCCAAUUUCAGAAAUUACAGCUCCUUUUACUUCAAAUAAUCCAUUCGAACCACAAUCCAUCAAGCACUUUUCUAGUAGAUCUGUUUCUCUUGGGUCUCCUAAAAUGGCUCUGGAACAUCCAAAUAAGGUGGAAAUGCCAGAAGUAAUAGAUCUCUCGGAUGAUACGGAGUCCGACACACCAGGGCCUGCACAGAUCAGUUCAAACCAAAAGAAUGUUGUCUACAAGAAACCAAACAGAAUGUGUCCAUUUUGUUGUAAGCGAUGUGGAGCUACACUUAAGAGGCAUAUACGUGCAGUACAUAAAAAUGAGGAAAGGGUGAAAGAAGCUCUUAAGCUGCCCAAAAAGGAGCAGGCCAAAGCAUUCUCCCUUUUUAGAACAGAAGGCAUUUUCCUGUCCAACACGAUUAAAGAGAAAGAGAAACAGCGUAUGAAAGGGAGAGAAGAAAGAAAACUUCUGAACUGACCAUUUGUGGAAUGUGUCAAGGCUUUUAUUCUAAACAAAAUAUCCAUAGUCAUGAGAAGGUGUGCCAAGGAUAUUCAUCCUUGUGGUGAUUCAUGGUCAUCAGUGAAGGGAAAAAGAAAACACAGAAGGAGGUAAGAAGUCAAGCAUAACAAUCAUUCCUGCUUUAGCAAAGAGUUACGAUUGAUCAGAUAAAUCGUAACUCUUUGUAAGGCAUGGCCCUGAAGUGGAAGUGAGCAGAUCAGAGCUGAAGGGUGAAAGAUGAAAGCCCUUCUAAAGGCUUAGUAAAGAGUUAAUGAUGUGAAUUAUCCUCAAGCAUCAUCAAACGUUUGAGUGAUCAGCAUGACAUGAAAUCAAUCUUAGUUGUAUGUGAAAUAACCUCUUGGAAAUCUUGAAGAAAAAAAUAUAAAUUGUCUGCAUAUUGAUAUAAUUCUCUUACAAGAUAACAUAUUUUAUGUCACAUAUUUCCAUGGCUUUUUCUAAAUAAAUUUUUUAAAUGGA